AUGCUGGAGAGACGUUUGGUUCUCGGUCCUCAUCAAUGGCUGAAGUUAUGGCUUUCUAAUUUGCGUGUCCUACUUGCCUUAUUUCGCGAAUAUGAAAGUGCUUCAGGUCAACGGGUUAAUGCAUCCAAAACCUCAUUCAUCACUCCUAAGAGAACGUCCAGAAGCAAAGCUCAGAAGCUCAGCAAUCUCACUGGUUAUCGCCAAGCUUUCUUCCCCAUGGUGUACCUGGGAAUCCCACUCACCAAAGGCAGAAUCAGCAAUGCGCUCUUGCAGCCGACCGUUCUCAAGAUCACCAGCAAGAUAGAUGGAUGGAAAGUGAAACUUCUUAACCCGGCUGCAAAGCAAGUCCUCAUAGGCAUGUUCUUUCUAGCAUCCCCAUCCACUUGCUAUCCGCCAUCAACAUCCCUAAAAUGGUCUGCAAGGAUUUGGAAAGAGCUUUUGCUAAUUUUUUCUGGGGUAGCUUGGAGGAGGGAAACAAAAGACAUUGGGUCAAAUGGGCUAAAAUCUGCACCCCUACUUAGGAGGGAGGCUUAG